UUCAUGCCAAUAAGAAGAAAAUUAAGCAAAAGUAAAGAAAAUAAUUUCCUCUUCAAAAGCAUACUCUCCUCUCAAAUUGAUGUUGUUCCUUCUCCAUUAUGAUAUCUCUCGGCCUCUCUCUCUAUAGCUGUCUCUCUCUAUAAUUUAUCUUUUUCUCUCUCUCCAUUCUAGUUCAUAGCACAUAGACUUAUUUAAGUACAUUGCCUGUGUUGUCUUUCUCAACCAUUAGUCCUUUACUUCGAUAAAGGCUAAGGAAGAAAAGUUUUGAUUGUCUUCGUCAUUGGAACAGUUUUAAUUUUGUUGCUUCAAAACAUCCAAAAGGACAUGAACAACAACAAGACUUUCAGUACUACAAGCACCAUCAAUGAAGACUACAUGUCAUUCCCUUAUAAUGACAAUUAUUGCUCACAACCAUUACUCCCUUUUAGCCCUUCCUCUUCCAUUAACGACCUCUUGAUUCACUCCAAUUCCAACACAUCAAACAAUCAUCUUGACCAUCAUCAUCAAUUCCUACAAGCAGCUUCUCCUUUUUCUCAAUUCGAAUUCGUCCAGGAUUUUUCUCUCCUCCCCUCUUUCCUCCCACAAAACAUUGCCCAUAAUGAUAACCAAACCAUAAGCAUCAAUGACCAUCAUCAUCCAUCCCUUCUUCCUUUGAACAACACCAUUGAUGAAUCCCAACUCAUUGAGCCGUCGGAGACCAUAACCACACACAACGAAGACUCCCAGAGAAUCUCAACUACUCAAGACCCGAAAAUGAAAAAUGCCAAGAAACCAAGCAGAACGGACCGGCACAGCAAGAUCAAAACGGCUAAGGGGACAAGAGAUCGUAGAAUGAGACUCUCUCUAGAUGUCGCCAAAGAAUUGUUUGGCUUACAAGACAUGCUUGGAUUCGACAAAGCCAGCAAGACCGUUGAAUGGUUGCUCACACAAGCCAAACCCGAGAUCAUAAAGAUCGCCAACAGCCUUUCUAACCAGUUUAAACACGGCGGAUUCAGCAGCGGAGAUGACUCCCAAACCCGACCGGCGUUAGGAUCAACGGAGACAUCGUCUGAUCUAUGCGAAUUUGCAUCUGUGUGGACAGUCGAGGAUAGAGGCAGCAAUACUAGCAUGACCGAAAAUAAGGUGGAUGGGAGAACAAUGAGAGGGAAGAGAAAGAUGUCGCAGCGAACGCCCAUUUUGAAGGAGAUGUCUAAAGAUGCCAGAGCCAAAGCAAGAGAGAGAGCAAAGGAUAGAACAAUGGAGAAGAUCAUGAAGAGAAGACGACCACAAGUAAAUGCCGUAGAAGAAGUAGAAGCUCAUAAUCAGCAUGAUGAGGUAGUAAAGAAUAAUAAUUCUGGUGUUAAUUGGACUACUUCUUUUGAGGUGACGCCCUGCGGAGAAAAUAUGGAAGAACUUUGCAAGAACAAUCGUUUCGCAGUUUACAACGAUUUUGUGGUGAAUAAAAAAGAUCACAUUUCCGAAGAAUCAUAUAAUAUGAUCAGCCAAUUGAAUUCAUCAUUUCCAAUGCUUACUCCCCAUCGCAGCCAAGGUGCAGCUACUUCCAUAGAGCAGCAGCAGCAGCAACAGGUUAGGGAUGUUCAUCACUUCUUGUACAACUAUCAUAAUAUGUAAUAAUGAUAUAAAUUACCGUUAAUUUCUCAAAUUAAUAUAUAAUAAUUUGUGUAUAUGUGAGUCUUAUGAAGCUUUUUUACUUCACUUUCUUGUCAUAUAUUAAAUCGAUGUAAAACAAUCAAUGCCUUUUAUAUAAUAUUUUGUUUAAUUAUAGUUCGUGUGGAACCUUAUAUGCAUAGCAUUAAACCCAAUUUCGUUAAUAUAUGUGCUUGUUCUUCAUUCCAAAAUAAAACUAAAGUAACAAUAUGUGUGUGUUUUACUUUGUGGGCAAUCGUCUCUGUCUUCAUGGAUUCAGAAAUUGUGUCAAGUGGUGAAGAAAGCUACUCUCUCCGUUUUCUUUAAGUAAAUGAGAUUUUAGACUUAUUCACAUAAAUUAAAGAAAGCGUUUAUUUAUAUUUUUAUUAAGUAUUCAUCUAUCCUCAAAUUAAUCAAUAAUAAAAUAAAUUUUAUAAUAUAAAUGGUCAAACAACAUAAAACUAAUAUGUUUUAUAAAACGUCAUUUAAUUUGAAGCAGUUUAAAAAAUAAUAAUCAAGUAUUAAAAAUGGAGGGAAUAUUAUUUAUGGUUUAAUUCGCUUUCACACUACUGAUUCUCUUUAUGAGACAUCUACGUCAAUUCUAGUAUAGUCCAUUAAACCCGAAUCAAGAACUUCAAACCUUUCAAGGUUAUUAACUUAGUUAAACAGAGCAACCUGUGAUAACUAUUAUGUAUAAGUGGGUUUAGGUUUACACACAAGUUCAUAUGUGUAAAAAAAUCUAGAUAUAUUAUUCAGACACGUUAUCACUUUCUAAUUAGUUUUUAUUUUAAUGAUGUGAAACUAGCUAUUUACUUUGUCCUUUUACCAGUGAUAUAUAUACAUAUAUUAUAAAAGGAUUGCAGUUUUAAAAGUUUCUGGAUAACUACAGAUAAAAACCUGAUAAAAACAUCCCAAAAGUACGAUUAUGAACCUGAUGUUGAAACUGUUUUCUAUUAACAUAAGAAAUUAUAUUUAGUUCAAAAAAAACAUAAGAAAUUAUAUAUUCUGACAGAAACAUAUAUAUCCUACAAUAAACUUGUUUCACUGAGAGCAUCUACAGUGGUUGACUUCAUUUUUAUCUUCAAAAGUUCAUUUUUUCCACACAAAAAAAAUAAAGCAACAUUCACUCCAACGGUUUGCUUCAUUUUUUUCUUAUAAAAUGAAUAUUCCAAGUAUAUUCUAUCUCCACUUUAUCACUAAUUAUUAAUAGACAUCUUAUACUUUUUUAUAUUUACUUAUUAGACCUAACUAUUUUGUUUUAACAUUGAUCCAACAUAAUUAUUAUUUCAUAUAAAUUUAAUAUACUCAUAUUAUUACAUAACAUGAGUAAACAAACAUAAAACAUCGUAAUUUGUAUGAAAAAACACCAUAUAUAUAAAAAAAUUCUACAAUUGAUUAACAAACGUGUUUAGAGUAAGAAAUGAGUUUGUUUAUCUUUGAUUCUUAAAAAGUUCUUAAAAACAUAUGAAUUCGAUAUAAACAUCUGACUAGAUAAAAAUAAUAGUCAAAAUUUUGAAAUUAAUUAGAUUAUAUUACAGCAUAUAGUUAAUUUUGCAAAAGAUAAAAAUAAAUAAAAAUUAAGGACCAAUUUACAAUGAAAAAGUUUAUUUUCAAAAAAAUGAAAAUAUGUACAAUAGAUCUUCAAAUUUGAAACAAUACUAUUCAUUGCUUUAUUUUGAAGCAAAAAAUGAAGUAUAAUUGGAGCAAAACUUACUUCAAAAUAAAGCAAAAAGUGAAAAUGAAGUGGAGUUGGAGAUGGUCUAACCUCUCCUUGUUCCAUUUGUAUGCUAACAGAAUAUACUUUGUUUGAUAGCCUCAUGGAAAAGAAGUUUUUAUCUGAUUUGGUGCCACUUGCAGAUGACCUAUAUAUUGAUUUUCUGUCAAACCUUUAGUGGUUGAGUUAGUUGUAGUCCAGCGUAGAAGUGUUUAAUUAUUCAUAAAACAUAUAGGUCUGACCAGACCACACUCACCAUAUGCUUGCAAUACAUAUUAUUUUCAUAGUUUGCUUUUCCUAGAGUAGCAUGUGUUGUUGUGUACCUUGGUUCUCCAUUUUUAUCUGGUCUUCUGGUGGCUCCUAAAAAACACAUCCACAUGAAAAAAAUAUCUACUAGAAUUCCAUCUACAACCUCAUAAAUUUCCUAAUUUAUUCAGAAAUAGAAUAAAUAUUGAAAAAAAUGUAAGCAUCUGAUACCCAGAUAGUGACUACUGUAAAUUUGUAAUAUAUAUAUAUAUAUAUCGAUGUGCAAGCACAAUACAUAAUUACAUAGGAGUACUCUAUGGCCAUGUCGGAAAAUUGAACCAAUUUAGAAUAAUAUCAUAAUUCAACUAUCAAUAUUAGAGUCCGUUUAACAUUUUGUAAAUCUGUUAUGAUUCAAAAUAUGUCUGAAAAUGUCUCGUAGUUGGUAAUAACAAACACGCAUGAUACUUGCAGGCUAAUGCCAACAUAAAAGUUUGGAGAAGAGAUUUAUAUUAUGGGAAUUAGGGAAACUACAAUUACGAAAACUCAAUAUUUAAUUAAUUCGAUUUGACCAUUCAUUUCUUUUUAUGGAAGUGUAAUCUUUAUGUAACAUUUUUUUUUGUAAUAUUUUAUUGUUCUAUAUGGGUGUCUACAUUACGACCAACGGGGUCACGUGCCAUUGGCUAAAAUUUGAUUUUCUUUAAGCACUUGUCUUAAAACUAGUUCAACUUCUAUGAAAAGAAUGAAUGGUCAAAUCGGAUUACAUGAGUUACAAUAAUGUUACUUUAGACAACCAUGUUUUCUUGCAGUGAUAAUUUUUUAAUUUACAUACAUCAAUUAUAAGAAAAUGAAAACAUAUAUUUAUAUAUUUGUAAAGUCAUGUGAACCGCAAUGCUAAACAUAUAAACAGACAUAAAUAUUACAUGAGUUACAAUAAUAUCAAACAUAACAGAGACGAUAUAGGGAAAAAUAUUAUGUGUAUUGUUUAAACGCAAAGCUUGUUUUAUUGUAAUUGGUUCCAGGUAAUCAGUAAAAUGGAAGAAUAGGUCCUAUAACAAAGAAUUAGAAGAGGUCGUAGAAACGAAGUGUCGAUCAAUUCUUUAGAGAAAGGAAUAUGAAACAUGUAUUAGAAGUGAUUAAAAUGAAAUUCUACGAAAGGAGAACAUAUGUUAAAUGAGUAAACAGAUAAUUGAGAAAAGAUAAAAACAAAUAAUUCUACAAAAAGUUAUGCAUAUAUUAAAAACAUUUAUAAUCUUUUAAACAUUUCAUGACGCAUCAUCAAUGUAAAUAUAUAUCUUACUUCUUACAUCAACUAAUCGACAAUUAUAUAUCAACUAGUCGACCAAAACAUGUCCAUUUCCUAAUACUGUGAAGUGGAACGCAAGUGGAGUGCCAAACAUGUAAACACAAUGAUAAUGCAGUACUUGUGUAGACACCAUUCCACAUAAAAGAAUUCAAAAUAUAAUUUAUCAAAAGAAUUUUUGGGUUUGUUUUGAACAGACCUAGUGAGUAUUAGAAUAUAGGACGAUGUUUAUGAUUAUGAAUAAGCAAAGCACUAGUAAGUUUACGUUGUUCUUAGAGGAAAGGAGAAGGAAAUUUAGAGGAUUCUCUUAAACCACUAGGUUACAUUAUUCUCAGAGGAAAAAAGAAAUACAAAAUCGACUUAUAUGAGAAGAACAGCAAAAGUUGAAAUAUAAUAUAAAGUGGCCCCAUUUGUCAAGAUGUAAUAUCUCUCUGGAAUUCAAAAGUUGACAAGAAAGAAAAAUCUACGGAAUCCGAAAAUAAUUAAAAUAACAAUACGUGGUGAAGACUACUGAAGAGUAAUUAGAGAACUAACAGAACGUAACUGUUAAUUAGUCAUACUCUAUAAUUUAUCUUGUUGACUGUGGAAACGUCAAAAAAUCAAUUUGAAAGAAUUAAAGGGGAUUAAUCAAUCUCCUUAUCAAGAAAAAAACUCUGUUAAGAGGUAAUUAAGCAGAACAAAACAAGAAUUAAAUGGAUAUGCAAGAUUUUCUCUUCUCAAUUCCACUCGGCAAAGCUGUAAAAAACCUAUUGAUAGAGAGAAAACUAGAAGAUAAUACGAGACUGAUGAAUGAAACCAAAAAAAAAACCUAAAUCUGAGUUACCAAAAAAGCCC